AUGAUCCGCAAUCGUGUGCACAAACAGGCGAUGACGCAACAGCAAAAACUGCGGAGUAGCGGAUUAGCCGUCGCUGUGGAUGGCACAGAGGAAAAUCAAGUGUGUUCUGUGGCUAAGUUCGAAUCGCUAAAGGCUGAUGCAUCCACAUGUUUCGUCGAAUUCGGUAAGCAUUCUUUCCAUUUUGCUGAUGCUAGAUCUUAUCCGAACGAUGCCAUCAGCAAAGUCACGAUGUACUUCACUUUCCUACUUGUCGCAUAUAUAAGUGGGAUUUUACCCGAUUCUACAGAGAAAACGAAAAAUGGAGUGGCAGGUAAAACGCACGUAAUUAACGUCACUAAGACCAACGAUACCAUAGUAGGAGAAGAUAGUUUCGAUAACCGCUUGCAGCACCAGGAGCAAAGAAGAAACUCUUCAGCAUUGUGGUUACAAGGAGUGAAUUUUUACUUCAACAGCAGAUUCACUAAGAGACUGCGGGACUUGUUUGUAACGGCAGCUAAUGCUUGGAUGAAGGACACCUGCAUUUAUUUCACAAAUACAAGGAAUGCUAAAGAUAGAAUCUACGUGGUAGAAACAGAACACGGUUGCUCGUCUACCGUAGGGAGAAGAGGAGGAACCCAAUUCAUAACUAUUGAUCGAAACUGUGCUCACCUUGGUGGCUUUGCUCACGAAAUUGGACAUGCGUUAGGAUUCGAACAUACUCAUCGUAGACAUGACCGCGACGAUUACAUCGCUGUAAACUGGAUUAACGUUGGGAAGCAGUUCGAGGACCGAUAUCCAGAUUUGGCACGUAGUAGCUUCAAGAACAACUACAUCAAGACGUAUCAGAAACAGUUCGAAAAGUUGCCCGCGAGUGAAAGCGUUGACUAUGGAUUCCCUUAUGACUACGGAAGUAUCAUGCACUACCCCUCUCCAAGCGAUAAUCCAAUAAUGAUUCCUAAGGACAUCAAUUAUCGGAGAACUAUGGGCUCGCCAUUCAUAUCGUUCACGGAUCUAUCAGCGAUAAAUGAGCUGUACAACUGUAAAGAUAGGUGCAAAUUCGUAGAGUCAGCAGUAUGCAUGAGAGGAGGGUUUCCCCAUCCACGAAAUUGUAGCAGAUGUUUAUGUCCUAGCGGUUACGGUGGACGUUUUUGCGAUGAGAGGCCUGACAAAUGUGGUAGCGAACUGGAAGCCUCCAGUGACUGGAAAGAAUUUGCCUAUAAAACAAACAAACAAAAAAGAGACUUGAAAAACGGGUACCACGUGUGCACAUAUUGGAUUACGGCACCUAAAGACGCAAUGAUCGAGAUAAGCAUCGCCAACAUCGAUGGAUCGACGUCAGAAGGGUGCAUUAAAGCGGGCGUAGAAAUUAAGACAAAUGAAGACCAGACCCUUACUGGUUACAGAUUUUGCGACAGAGAAGACAGGAGGACAAAUCUUACAUCAUACACGAAUAUUGUCCCUAUAAUCUACUACGACUCUGAGUCUCAAUAUGCAUUUAUCUCUACAUCUCUGAAAUAUCGCUACGUUAAACCAAUGCCAGCGACAUUAUUGGAAAGGUUUAAAAUUUGGAUUAAAAACAUUUUCAAGCGUAAAAAGCAAUAA